AACUUUAAUUUAUUACGUUAUCUCCAAAGCUUCUUCUUUAAGUUUGGGACACGCGUUCGCCGAAAAAGUAAAUUACAUGUCCACGCGCCUUCUUUUUCUUUGUGUGCUUAAAGCCGACUCCGCAUACAAAUCUCGACACAGAUAUCGUCGCACCUCAACACGACUAAGUUCCGAUCGCAAAGACUCUGCAUUCUGCAACGUAGAUUUGGUGAAUUACCCAGAGAAGAAAAUCAAAAGAUAAUCAAGUUGGAAUUAGUUACGAGCUCAAGUAAGAUGGAUGGUGGAAGAGACAACAAAGAUGAUAAUGAAAAAGGGCUGUUUUCAAAUCUUGCUGGAUAUGCUGCUGGACACUACCCACAGCAUGGAGCCUACCCUCCACAAGGAUACGGAUAUCCUCCGCAAGCGCAUGGACCACCGGGUUACCCUCCUCAAGUUGGGUACCCUCCCUAUGGUGGGUACCCUCCUUCAGGCGGUUAUCCUCCUCCAGGCGGUUAUCCUCCUCCGGGCGGUUAUCCUCCAUCUGGUUAUCCUCCCCCUGGGGGUUAUCCACCAUCUGCUUAUCCUGCCCAUGGUGGAUAUCCACCAGCCGGAUAUCCAGGUUCAUCAUCUCACCAUUCAGGGCAUGGACCUAAUAUUGGAGGGAUGCUAGCUGGAGGUGCUGCUGCUGCAGCUGCUGCUUACGGGGCUCACCAUCUUGUGCAUAGUGGAGGUCACCAUGGGUAUGGUUAUGGAGGUCACCACGGCUAUGGACACGGGAAGUUCAAGCACGGCCAUGGUCACGGGAAGUUCAAACAUGGAAAAUUUAAGCACGGGAAGUUUGGCAAGCGCUUUGGAUUCGGGGGGAAGUUCAGGAAGUGGAAGUGAUCGAGAUUACUAUUGAAGAUCGAAGUCCUCUGUAUUUGAUGUUGUUGAUAUUUUAAUUGGCCUUUUAAUAAUUACUUCAGACUGGAUUCUUUGGAUUUUUUUUACCUCUGUAAAUGAGGCUACUGCUACCAUAUGUCAGUUUGGUUCUUUUGGUUCGAUGAUGUAUAUAUAGAAUUCUUAGUAGUGAGCAACUUGAUGGAUUUUCUACUUUCUUUUUAUCCUCCUUGUCAAUAUGUUAAUGUAA